CACGGCUGCCAAGGCGCUCCAAAGCGGCGCUUCCCUUUCCUCCGAGGCCGAGUCGGGAUUGUGCGGCUCCUGCGGGCGGAAGAGGCCGGCCGAAAACACUUCCUUCUCACAAUUCCCAUCACAAACCCAUCUCACAAUUCCUGCGCCACCUUCCCCCGAGAAAGGAGAGUUCCCCAGGUCCCAUUCCCAGCCUUGGCAUUAAGAAGCGACAAUGGCAGGAGAACACAGAAACCCAGCCGGCUUGGGUCUCCAGCUGGAUGCCAAUGUGGAGGACGGGAGGAAAGUCGAGAUCCAUGAAGAAGCCACACCCGAGAAGGAAGUGGUGGAAAGGCCUCUGAAGAUCCCCUUGGAGAAAGCCAAGGAAUCCGCGGAAAAAGGAACGGCGGAAGCCGUUAAGCAGGAGCCAGAGGCCGAUCCCGAAGGCUGUUGCUUGGAAGUGGAAGAAGAGAAAUUUGUAAUGGGCAAACAGUCUCCGACAUCCGAGCCGGGGAAUGAGCAGCUGCUGAAGGCAGAAGGAAGCAUCCAUUCGGAGGCCGAACUCUCUUCCCUGGAGGAGACCUCCAACCUGGGGACGCAUCGCCGGCGGAACAGGAUAAUCCAGCCCCUUUUGCGCAUUAGCGAAGGACCCCAGCCGUUAGUCAACAGCUCCUGCGCGAAAGACAAAACGGAGUUCAUAGAGGUGGGGGAGGAGGGCCUGGAGGUGACCGGCGUCAGCCUGGACAUUGAACGCCAGUGUUUCCGGCAGUUCUGCUACCAGGAUGCCGAGGGUCCCCGCGAAGUCUGCGGCAUGCUCUGGAAGCUCUGCCACCGCUGGCUACAACCGGAGCGGCGUUCCAAAAGCCAGAUCCUGGAGCUGGUGAUCUUGGAGCAGUUCCUGUCCAUUUUGCCCGAAGAAAUGCAAAAUUGGGUUCGAGCUGGGCAUCCGGAGACUUGCUUUCAAGCCGUUAGCCUGGCUGAGGAUUUCCUGGGACGUCAGCCUGGGACGGAGCGACGGGAACGGCAGGGUCUGUGGCCCUUCAAAGAGGCAACGGUGGAUUUCCAUGGAUCUGUGGGGCCAUCGAUGGAGUCGAGCGAAUGGCCGAUGUUCAGGGAGAACAAAGAAGAGGAUGUCCCUUUACUGGCUUCGGUGGAGAAUCCGUACACCUGCUGGGACUGCGGAGAGAGCUUUUCGGGGAUAGACGUCCUGGUGGCCCACCAGAGCAUCCACACAGGAGAGAAACCCUUCAUUUGCUCCAAAUGCGGGCAGAGCUUCAGCCAGCGCUCGCAACUGACCGCCCACGAAAAGAGCCACGUGCCAAAGAAGGCGUUUCCUUGCCCGGACUGCGAACAGAGCUUUAACAAGAAAAGUGGGCUCUUGGCUCACCAGAGGACACAUACGGGAGAGAAGCCGUAUCAUUGUGUAGACUGCGGACAGAGUUUCGCUCACAAGUUCGACGUGAUCCGGCAUCAGCGUAUCCACACGGGAGAGAAACCGCACGAGUGCCCCGUCUGUGGGAAGAGCUUUCGAAACACCUCCGCUUACCACGUCCACAUGAGGAUCCACACGGAAGAGAAGCCCUACCCUUGCUCGGUUUGCGGGAAGAGCUUCCGGCACCGGGCCAACGUCAUUGUCCACGAGAGGAUCCAUACGGGAGAAAAACCGUACGUUUGCAUGGAAUGCGGGAAAAGCUUCGGCGACGCGUCCUCUCUUAGGAAGCACAGAAGAUCCCACACCGGAGAGAGGCCGUACCACUGCGGGGAAUGUGGGAAAAGUUUUUCUCAGAACGCCGGGCUGGUUCAACACGAGAAAAUCCAUACGGGAGAAAAACCCUACCAGUGCCCCGAAUGUCCUAAAAGUUUCCGGGACAAAUCGGCUUUUGUUGCGCACCAGAGGACCCACACAAAGGAGACUCCCUACCGUUGCAUGGUCUGCGGCAAAUGCUUCGGCCAUCGCUCCAACCUUCACAAGCAUGAAAAAAUCCACGCCCGGAGACAAAUGGUCCUGUACCUCCAGUAUUCAGGCGAGCAAUUUGGAAAAAAUUUGGAAAAUCUAUCUGGAGGAAGCCGAGGGGCCACGAGAGGUGUGCCACCUCUGGGAGCUUUGCACCUGUGGCUGAAACCCGAAAGGCACACCAAAGUACAGAUUCUUGAAUUGGUCGUCCUGGAGCAAUUCCUGAACCUCUUGCCCCCACCAAUCCAGGACUGGCUCCGAGUUGUUGAGCCAGAGAAUUGCACCCAGGCGGUGGCUUUGGCAGAAGAUUUCCUGCGGAGGGAGCAAGAUGAGGAAACUCAGAAAGAGCCAAGGCUGAGAUCCCUUACAGAAGAGGUGAUCUGUUUUCAGGUGGCCGAGGAAGCAUCGUCCGAUGCCUGGCAGAAGGUCAUUUUAGGUGGAAUCAAACAGGAGGAGGAAGAGGAGGAUGGUGCAUCUCUGAGCGAUGAGCAGGCAUCUGAGGAGGCCUCGGACAAUUCUUCAGAACCAGGAUCACAGCGGAUUCCCUGCAGAAGAGCUGAUCCGCAUAAGUCCUGUACAUCAGAACUAGGGGAAGCCUCUGAAAGCCAGCCGGGGGGCUGCAUAGGAAAGAGAAAAGAUGGCCUUAUUGGCACCAUGCCAAAUUUCCAGCUGGCCAGAGGACUUGGAGUCGGAGUUCAGCCCGGGAUCCAGGACGAGCGGUUGAAAAAAUGCCUGAAAUGUGGGAAGGGCUUUGUCUGGCGGUCCGAGCUGAUUGAACACCAGCGGUCGCACAUGGGCGAGAGGCCCUGCUCCUGCUCGUACUGCGGGAAAAGCUUCAGCCGCAAAUCCUACAUUAUAAAGCACGAACGGAUCCACACAGGGGAGAAGCCCUACGUUUGCGCCCACUGCGGCAAGGGUUUCGUUUCCAAGUCGGACCUCCUCAAGCACGAAUGGACCCACACGGGCGAGAAGCCAUACAUCUGUGCUGACUGCGGGCGCAACUUCAGCAGGAAGCAGUUCCUGGUGACCCAUCGCAGGACGCACACGGGGAAGAAGCCGUACAAGUGCGCCGAGUGCGGCAAGAGCUUCAGCCAGCGGACCUGUCUGGUCAUCCACGAGAGAGCCCACACCGGCGAGAAACCGUUUCAGUGCCUGGUGUGCGAGAUGAGCUUUGGGAGGAGGGAUAUUCUCGUGACGCACCAGAAGCUCCAUGCCCGAGAAAAGGCUUUGCAGUGCGCCGAGUGGCUGUGAAACGGCCACUUCACCGAGUGCAGGACACGAGGGAGUUCCUGUCUGCCACGUGAUUGGGGAGGGAUUAAAAGUGGAGAACGGAGGGUGAGGGAGUGUAAGUGUGUAGGAGAUAAGAUACAUGGAUUAUGAUUCAAGAAAUAGGAGCUGUGUAAACAUUCUACUUUGGGGUGUGCAGAGAUAGCAUUCAUUGAUAGAAUCAAGAUCAUGUUAAGUGUUAAUACCACGUUAUAAGGCCUUGGUAAGGCCACACUUGGA